ACGAGCGGGGCUCGAAUACGCACUGUGGGACUGGAUAACAGACGCAUACGCGGGUUGUGCACAUCUGUGCCCAGAAAGCUAGCCGUUAGCUCGGUUACUUCUGUAAAGGCUGAAAUUGUUCAACGUGUUCAAUAAGCGCAACGUGCCUUCUCACGCGUCGCUUUUUUCUUUUCACGUCUUUGGGAAUCAAAUUCUGCUCCAUCUCGGAGAUGACUUCAUUGGGCAAGUCUUCCAAAUGGCCAUCUUAUGACUCGCUACCCUCCACCUCAAGCUUUCACCUCAGUGAGAGUGAGCAGACUGAGGAUGAGGCAGAUGUCUUCUCAGAGGGAGAGGGGGGCAGUGGAAUAACAAAGUCCCUCUCAGUUGGUGAAGGAAUCACACUUUCCAGAAAUCACCUUGAAUUCACAGCUCAUCCUGAUCAGCCGCACUCGAGGUUUAGGAGCCUGGUCAACCAGCCUGGUCGCUGCCCUGAUGAAAAUAAGCAUCCCGGGUCAGCCUCCUCUCCUGGAGCUGCCACGCUGGGCUCAUCUUCAGCAACACCAGGGGACUUGGUCUUCGCUCAGAAAUGUGCAGAUUUGCGCAGGUUUAUCCGGCCUUUGCUUGAGCUUCUUCAUGGACUAAAGACUGGGCGGUAUGUCAAAGGUUUAUCCAGUUUCCAGCAAAGUGUUGCCAUAGACAGAUUGCAGAGGAUUCUUGGGAUAUUACAGAGGCCUGAAAUGGGAGAGAAAUACCUCCAAAACCUGCUGCAGAUAGAGAUGAUGCUCAAAAUGUGGUUUCCUCAGGUGGCAUUUCAGUCCACAAAUACACAAAGCCAGACCACCACUCCCAGACUCCCACACUGGCGCCAAAAUCAGCUCCACAUGCCAGUUAAGAAGAGAAAAAUGAGCUGGUCCGACCCUGACCACUCUGGCAAAGUCCAAGGCAAGCAUAAGCAACAUCAACAUGGAAAACAUGGAAGCUGCGAGGCUGCGAGUUCACUUGACACCAUUUCCACGCGACUACCUGGAUCACCUAAAAAACAGAAAACUCAAGUGGAAGAAACAGUAGAACUAGCUCGGGGCAGGUGUACAGCUGGACAUGAGUUUACAGGCAGCACUGGCACUUUAAGCAGGCCGUCCUGUUUAUGUAGCAGGAGAGAAAAUGAGAACCGGAAGCAGCCUGACAUUUCUCUGCCCUCCCCUUGUGGCAGCCCAGCUACACAAGACAGCUCGGUGUCCUCAAGCGGCACCAUUACUACAACUGACUCACCUUAGCUGGCCUUAGCUGACCUUGGUACCACAUGGAGGUGCCACAGCCUGCCAGCCAGAGUGAAGGCAGAGGGCGCUCUUGAUUACAUAAGCAUAAUGUUAGGCACAGGGCCAGUCUGUGAUGGCUGCAAGGCAUGUUAAAACCAGAAGAGGAGGAGAAGAAAUGCAGAGACACUCGUUAACACUAUCUGGCGUGGUUGUUGCUCACACCGGUGUUAUUGCACUAUAUUAUCAGGAAGUGUAUAUUGUUUUUAUGUAAGAGUAUCACUGAUUUUUGCUAAGUUAAAAGAUGUUUGAAGUAGUUUAGAUGUGUAAUGCGUUAAAGCAGUCUGUGGUCUUGUUUUGUAUUUUUUUCAUCAUAGAACGCAGCCCUAACAGUGACAGUGUAGGAUUUCAUGCCAUUGGCGAAAAACAAAAAGACCAGAUGUCACUUUUCUGAAAAUAAAUACACACAGAGGGUCACUGCUAUUAAGCAUUCAGCAGCAGUCCAAAAAAUAUAUAUUUUUCCUGCAAAAAUGUCCUGUGCUGUCCUUUCCACCUUCUUACAUGUGUGGAUUUUUUUUGCUUUCCUUUGUCACGUAUGAUAGUAAACUAAUCUCUUGUUUUUUCCCUUUGCUCCAGGGACUGCAUUUUUCACAAUUUUCAUGCACUUUAUAGACAAACAAAUGAUUUGAGCAAAUCAUUGGCAGCUUCUUUUGUAGUGACAAUAAUUGUUAGUUGCAGCUCUGGUGAAAAGAAUAUUUCAAUCAUGAACAUAGAUGCUUAAGAAGGGCAUGCAGGAAGUAUUUUUCCAGCUGAUUAUAACAUAUUGUAGAACAAAACCAUGUAGUCCCUGCCAAAAUGUGCCAAACAAUACUAAUUUGCAUUAUCAUAUCAUGUGCACUUUACUUCAGUCACUUCUUUAUUUACUUGCACUUAACACACAAACAGAAUCAAUGUUUCUUUGUAAAUAACAAUCAAUGUAAAAGAGCUAAAUGUUACACAGGAAAUACCACAACCUGAUUGAUCAAAAAUUACUGAGGCAGUUGAGGAAAUAUGAGACGCUUGGCCAGAUCUUAAUACAUCAGUUGGUCCUUUAUCUCGCCGAUGAGCAGACUUGUUUUGUUUCGAAAGACUUUAAAGUGUCACAUUUAUUACACAUAUGAGUUUAAAGUGACUGUUUUCAUUUUGUUUGUUUUUUUUCAACAUAAUGCAACAGGCAUAUAUGAUGAUGAUAUAUUUGAUCCAGUAUACACUGAAAUGGCUGUAAUUGCACCUUGGCUGACAACGAGGAAAUGUUACACAUUUGUUAACAUUAAAAAGUAGAGAUAUUAUUUAUUAAAGUACUAUUUAAGAGGGUCUGCACUUGAUAACCUCAACAUGAGGGCUUUGCAGGUACUUGAAUCUGAAACUUUACAGGCAAACUUGUCUUGUCUUUGUUUUUUAGUUGAAAUCUUGUUAUUUUGGCACUGUGGAUGGAAGUAGUUGAAAAGCAUAAAAAGUCAAUUUAGCUUAUUGCCAGGCUUAUUUUUCUCACAAAAUGCCCCAACUGCAAUGUGCCAUUAUGAGGGCAAACAACAGCUUCUGUGUCCCAUUUAAAAUGGAUUUGUAUCACUGACUUGUUGUAAAAUUUGCAUCACUCAAAGUGCUUUACUCUUGAUUAUGUAUGAGGAAAUAUCAUGGCGAUAUGAUAAACAAAACUUUCUAUUCCUGAAUACAUUGAUUCUUUUUAAUGGCAUUUGUUACCACCAUAUGUGAAAUCAGAUAUCAUUCAUGUUGAAUGGUGUUUCAUGUUGGUGGUUUGUCACCAGUAAGCCUUUCUUAUAUGACAUAAAGGUAGUUUACCUGAAAUGUCUUCAUUAAUCAUACAAAAGUGUAUUAUUUAACUGACGAUGGUAAAAAUCAUCAUCUCACCACUUAUGUCAUUGCAAACCAAAUGUGCUGCUGUGUAGAUGUUUCUCAGGCCUCACCAUUAGUCAUUUUCAUUGAUCCUGAGUUAUGUUAUUUAAAAUGGAAAAUGUAAGCACAUGAUUGAGUACAGUCGUGUAGUGUGGUUUUGCUUUGGUAUAUAAAAUGUAGCAUCCUAGUGUACAGCUUUUGCUGUGCUGGGUUACACAUCUUUCAUUUGUAAAAUAGGAGAAAAACUUAAAGUAGAAUAAAAAUCUUAUUUCCCAAUAUAGGUCUUUAAUUUUGUGUUGUUUUUAGUUUUCUUUGUUUUAGGCUAUUUCUUUGUUUCUCAUAAUGAAAUUGUUGUUAUUGGUGACUGAUAAAUACACAUGUUUUUAUAUAUUAAAUGAGUUAUGUGGUUCAUCACAAU